GUACCCAACGUAACCUCUGCUUCUGCUCUGAUUACUGACUUUGUUUUUGUUUCCAGCAGAAAUAACGAAUGAGAAAAAGUUAAUCUAAUCGAAAUCGAUCGGAAGUAAUGUCUACAUCGAGUAACAACUCCCAGUCUGCAUAUUCUCCGUCGGAACCCGAAACUCCUCAAGGCACAGCAAAGAGUCGUAUCCAAGCACUGGAUCAAUCUCUAAACAAUGUAGAUGUUAGUAACAGCAACUGCUCAGAGACAUCGGUAAAAGAAAAAGAAAUGCAUCAAAAACGGAUUCAAGCUCUAAGAAAAGAACUUGAAUACAUAAAGGUGACUGAAUGGGCCUUUGAUUACGAUAAAGGAUUCAUUCAAUAACUAAAUUCAACCAAAAGUAAACAUGUUGUCCUAUGUGUUAUCUUUCUUCAAUAACUUGUUUUCUAAAGAACCCGAAGAGGAUGAUUAUUCAAAAGAAAGUUUUUUAGCUGAUCAACUAUUAGAUAUAGAAUCGUUAAAAGAAGAAUUAAAGGAUGACAUUGAACCGGAAAGUCAGGAGAUACCAAGAAAUGUGGCAUGUUUCCAGAGAACAGGUCUAGUAACAUAUACAGGUGACAACAACUACAUUCUCAUAGACGGGAGCCUCUAUUUUGAUAUAUCAAAUUCACCCUUAAUAUUCAGUGUUAAUGACAAGGUGCUAUACCUUGGCUACGAGGAUGAAAAUGAAGCUAUCAAAGUAGUGCGAGUCCUAGAGAACUAUGGACCGUUCUGGGGUGAUUCCAUGGAUAUUGAAGAAGAUAAGUUCAAAGUCAUAGAACAUGUAAUAAUAGGGGAAGUUGGGUACAGGGAGGAGAGACUGGUGUAUUUGAAGGAUAAUGAUCUGAAAUUCAGUCUUGACGAGGUGGAGGCGAAUUUUAUACCUAUGACUGGGGACUGGCUGGAGCUGAGUUGUACCGUGCAGUACAAUGAUGAUAAGCCUGCUGAUAUUUCUGCUACUCAGGUGCUGAAAGUUCUUUCACUCAAGCCAUUGCGAAGUAAAGUAAAAAGCACUGUAGUCACCAGCUGGAAUGGGGACUCUGGGACUUGUGACAGGCAGUUCUUCUUCAAUAAGCAGUCUGUGCAGAAUGGUAGCAUGCCUCAAGUAGGAGCCAAGGUCAUGGUAGAAACAAUAGAAAGCAAUCAGGGAGCUUGCACAUGGAGGGUAACAAAAAUGAUGAUUAUAGAAAGUAGCCCUGUCCAUCAAAACAACAAUGACAACAAGCCUCCUGAGGAAAACAUUACACUGGAACUGGAGAAAGAAAAGAGAAUCUCAGUAACAUAUCCACUUGUCUUUGAGAAUGUGGACUUUCACCAAAGUGAGAAUAUAAAUUUAGUAAUCACAAACAACAGUGACCAAAGUUAUUUCCUCAAUAAGUGGAUCAUGCUUAGCAAACGGAGGGAUUCCCAAAUUGAAGUCAAACCCUUUCUCACGCGCCCAAUGAAGAUUUAUCCCGGGCGCACAGUUUCAUUCACCAUCACCUGCUACCCAAAGUUGCUGGGAAGCAGCAAAGAAUGCUUGAUAUUCAUGUUCAAUGGGUUCCAAGUAAAGAGAUUCAUUAACAUCAAUGUUGUAGACAACAAUAUGAAACAAAUCAAUAACAAUGGAUUUAUAAAUGACUCUGGAUUUAAGUCCGAACAAGAAAAGAUUGAUGGAAUGAAAGACGUGAGGAGGUAUAAAGACAGGGGUUUUAUCCCCGGUGUAAAGCCUCUCAGAGCUCCAAAUUUCGUACCAGUUAGACUGGGGUCUUUCCCAAUACCGGACAAAGUGUGGGCGGUUGUUUUAGGAAACUCUGACCAAACUGUGUAUGGCAAUGAUUACGACAAGAUAUUGGACAGGAUAGAAAUGGCCUUACCCUGCUUAUGCCAAGAAUUGAACAUUACUAACUACCUCGACAGAUGGCAUACAUUGCUAUACAUGGAGGAAAUACAAGCAAAUAUCUGUAUGAGAGUGUAUGACAUGCCUAAAGUGUACUUGAUUCACUGUCAGGAAUAUUUGGGAAUAGAAAUAAAAGGGCUAUGUGAAAGAAGACCAAGCUUGAUAAAAGGUGACAGAGUGAUUGUUAAAGAUACUUGGAGCUCGACACAAUUUGAAGGUUACAUUCAUGUAGUCAGAGGGGAUUUGGUUUUGCUCAAGUUCAGUCCUCAAUUCCAUGAGACUUAUUCAGGAAGUGACGUUUCUGUUGAAUUCCAUUUUAAUAGAUCUGUAUAUAGAAGAGCUCAUCAAGCUCUUAAUUUAGCUAUUUCGAAUCUUGGCCCUGACAUACUAUUUCCAUCGCGUCUGGUGACUCGCCCGCAGCAGGUGUCACCUCAUGAUAUUGGCAGCAUCAAGUGGUUUAACAAAUUCCUUAACCCUGGACAAAAAGCUGCAGUCACAAACAUUUUAUUGGGAGAAUGUCGUCCCUUGCCAUACUGCAUUUAUGGACCUCCUGGAACGGGAAAAACAAUCACAGUGAUUGAAGCGAUUCUACAAAUAAUCACCGUCAUACCGGACAGCAGGAUUCUGGUUGCGACGCCUUCAAACAGUGCAGCUAAUCUUAUCACGGAAAGACUAAUUGAAUAUAGAGACCGUUUCUCUGGAUCCAUGAUUAGACUUAUAGCCAACUAUCUCCUUGAUUCUGAAAACUUACCUGAUGUUAUAAAGCCCUUUUGUGCUACGAUGGACAUAGCGAGGGAGGAAACCUCUAAGCCAAAUUAUCAAGUCAGGAAAGAUGGAGUGAACCUGAAUUGCCAAACAUCUUUCAUCGGGAGACAUCGCGUGACUAUCGGUACUUGUUUCUGCCUUGGGACGCUUGCGCAGAUGGGGUUACCUCGCGGACAUUUCACUCAUAUCAUCGUUGAUGAAGCAGGACAGGCAACCGAGCCAGAAAUUAUGAUACCCCUGACUUUUACUGACAAAGAAAACGGCCAAAUCAUUCUUGCUGGGGAUCCACAACAGUUAGGACCUGUGAUAUUAUCGAAAUAUUGCACGGAAUUUAACAUGAAUGAGUCAUAUUUGUCUCGGAUUUUGGAGACUUUCCCAUACCAAAGAGAUUUCGUGGCCUAUGAAGAUGGAUUUAAUAAGAAGCUGGUUACCAAAUUGAACUACAACUACAGGUCUUUAGAAGAAGUCUUAAUGCUGCCGAGUGAGAUGUUUUAUGAUGCCUCCCUCGUGCCUAAGAUGGGCAGAGAUGAAGCAUGGAUCUCUGAUACAAUAAACACUGUUUCGGAAGUCUUCGAUUCAUCGGAGAGAACUGAGGGUGGUGUAUUCGUAUUCGGCAUUAAAGGCGUGAACGCCAGGGCUGAAGAUAGUCCUUCGUGGUUCAAUCGCGAAGAGGCAGCCAUGGUGGCUCUGAUGACAUGCAAACUUUACAAGAGAAAUGUCACACCUGAUGAUAUUGGGAUCAUCACACCUUAUAUAGCCCAGACAAAGUACUUCCGAGUGCUUUUCGAGUCAAUGGGACUACCUCAGCCGAAAAUUGGAACCGUCGAAGAAUUCCAGGGACAAGAAAGGAAAAUCAUACUCAUAUCAACAGUAAGAUCAACAGAGGCUUAUUUAAUGGACGACCGAAAACAUGCGCUUGGUUUCGUCCAAAAUCCGAAAAGACUGAACGUGGCUUUGACCAGAGCUCAAAUCGCCGUCAUUCUAUUUUGUAACCCUCAUCUGUUGUGUACAGAUCCGCUAUGGGGCAAAGUUGUCAGACAAGCAGUAAAAGAAGACAAGUAUAAGGGAUGUGAUUUACCUUACGAUUUGGAGACUGUAAAUGCUGCCGUAUAAUUACUGUGCUAAGAGCGUGUGUAUUAGACAUUAAUAAAUAAGUGAAAUACCUAAUCAAGUGUA